GCGGAUUUUUUGAAAUGCGGUACUACCACCACUCGCUGAAGAAAAUAAAAUUAACCAGGAGCGCAAAAAACGCGAAUCGCAAUUAUCUGCGCAAAGAGCCAGAGCAUCGGGAUCGAAUAGGCCCGACUUUUGCACAUCGAGAGCUACCAAAGAGGCCCAGGAAUUGUUUUAGUCACAUCUCAAAAUCCCGCAGAGGAGCAACGUUUCCAAUAAGCAAGCAUACAUAAAUGGUUUCUACUUUUAUUGGUCUAUUAGACAUUCAAUCAUGGUGGGAGAUACCGUGUAUUUCGCAUUUCUGUUCAUUGUUUAGUUCCGCCUUUGAUCUGCCCGACAUUGACAUCGAGGACCUCGAAUCGGCGCUGCUCUCCGAUGGUACCAGCGAUGAGGAUCAGGUCGCCCUAGUGCCCGAGUUAAUUGUGCGCCUGCUCAAGGGCUGCGAUGCGCUACAGUCGGUAGCCAAGGAAAUCACACACAGCAACUAUCAGAUGUUCUUGCGUCGCUUCCUGCGCCAACAGUGUCGCCUGCACCAGACCGAGAAUCAUUUCGACACGGACAUUGACUUCCAGUCGCUGCCCGUGCGCAAGCGCCUGCACAUCCUGCACGAUCUGUGCCACUUCCGCCUGGACUCGGCCGAUGUGCAGGUCAUCCUCAGCAACCUAGAGGCGGACAGUCUGCGCGUGGAGCCCCUGGGCUACGACGCCAAGAACUCCGGCUACUGGUACUUCUACGGCACGCGGCUCUAUCGCGAGGACAAGGCCACCGGCGGAGCGGCAGCCUCCAGUUCGGGAUCGGGUUGCGGCGGAGCCUCAUCUGGCGGAGCAUCGAGCAGCAAGGGCAUCGGCAGCAACGGCACCGUCUGGCAGGUCAUCUGCUUCACCGAGGAGGACUGGCAGAACUUGGCCGCCAAGUUCAAGACCUCUACGAACGCCAAGGAGCGCGAACUCUUUCACAUACUCGAUGACAACUUUCUGCCUAAGUUGCCGCAGCUUUUCCGCGAGCGUGAGCGUUUGAGGCGGAGAAAACUUCUGCAAGUGCGCAACUCCAGUCGCAUUCGCAACAUCGCGGAGUUGAAGGCGCGCCAGGAGGAGGAACGCCUGCGUCGUGAGGAGGAGCGCCAGCGUCGGGAGCGGGAGAAUCUCUAUCAGGAGCGGCAGAACGCGAACUGGGUGGCACCGCCGCACCAACAGCAGCAGCAGCAGCAACUACAACAACAGCAGCAGCAGCAGUCCCAACAGCGAACACGCAGACGAUCCCAAUCAACUUCGACGGCUAGUGGUAUUUCAACCUACGCAAGCUCCCUCAGACGAACUACCACAACUAAUUCGAGCGAAUUUCUGUGCCACAGGGAAACCUUCUGCCUCUCACCAGAAAACGACGAAGACGACGACGACGACAACGACGAGGACGAGGCCCUCGACGCGGAGCAGCAGCCAGAACAACAGCAGCAGCAAGAAGAGCAGCAGCCAGAGGAGGAGCAGCGGCAGGAACAAGAGGAAUUAUUAGCUGCCUCAGCAACUGGCGACGAUUUUCCCUCUCCAGAAACGCCGAAUUCGCAAACGCCGGCGGAAUUGAAGAGCAAGAGUAGUCACCACCACCACCAUCAUCAUCACCACAAAAAGAAAAAGUCGGGCAAGAAGCAGAAGAAGCGACACCAUCGAGAUAGAGAUCGUGAGCGGGACCGCGAGCACCAUCAUCAUCAUCGGCGGCGACACAAGCAUGCUUCAGAGGCAGAGGAGGGCGAGGACGACAACAAUAACCACAACAGCAACAGCAAUAGCAACAGCAACACCAAUAGCACCAGCAGCAACAAUAGUGCCCAGCCCAAGCGACGACGAAGUGGCCAGCAGCACCAUCAGCCAGAAAGAGCCCAGCCCACUACUUCUCUAAGUCCCGAGGACAAGGAGAACUUCUGUAGGCAGUUGCAACUUUUGGACACCAAUUCGGCGGCCAUUGCGGUGGCCACAAGCAUUGCCGAUCUCAGUCUGCCCUCGCCGGUGGCACAUGACAGCGAAUCGGAGCAGGAGGAGCAGCCGGCAGCAGUGGACCCAGAGCCACCAUCAGUAGCUUCUUCAAUGGCGCCAGCGGCAAAUGUGAAGUUGCCCGGCAGGCAGACAAACAAUUCGCUGAGUUCGCUGACAGGAAACAUAUUCAUACCGGGAGGAAGCGCCCAACAAACGCAGCAGCAACCAUCGCAGCAGCAGCCAUCGCAGGAGCCACAGAGCAGCAGUAGCAGCAGCCACAGCGGCACGAACAACACCGCCAGCACGGUGCGCUCCAAGAAACAGAAGGCUGUGCUUAACAGCAGCGGGAGCAGCAGCACCAGCAAAGUGGCGGACAAGGCGGAUCGGAACCUGAGCAAGGCGGAGGCGGGCAAGUCCAAGAAGUCGGCGGCAGGCUCAUCGGCGUCCUCAUCGUCCAGCAAGGCGGAGCGGAACAGCGGUGCCUACUCGGACAAGAGUGGCGAUGACCAUGUAAAUAGUAGCAACCGUAGCACCACCAACAACAACAGCAGCCUUAACAACAACAACAACCAUAAGCACGCGUCGCACCACAGUCACAACAACAACAACAGCCAUUCAACGACGGCAUCGGCUACAACAACAGCAACAACGACAACGUCGCAGGGAUAUCAUAAUAAUUCGAAUUAUAAUCAUAAUAAUCAGAAUAAUCACAGCCACCAAAACUCCCACUCACACCACACCCACCAUUAUCACCAUACCACUAAUAUUUACAGUAACAGCAAACAUAAAUCAAAAUCGCACCACUCCCUAACCCAUAUCAACAACAACAACAACAAUAAUAAUCACACAACAAAUGCAACAAGCACAUCACAACAACACCACCCAGUAACCACAAACAACAAUUCAACGUACAACUCCUCCAAUCAUGCGAAUAUUCUUAGCUUCACCGAAACGGAGGAGGUCCUGCAAAUCGGAAUGCACAAGGUGCUCGUCUACGUGAAGAACCAUCGGGAUGCCUGGCCAUUUGUGGAUCCCGUCGAUGAGGAUAUAGCACCGCGCUAUUACUCGAUCAUCAGGAGACCCAUGGACCUUUUGAAGAUGGAGGACAAGCUGGACAGCGGGGAAUAUCACAAAUUCAAUGAAUUCCGCAACGACUUUCGCUUGAUUGUCAACAACUGCAGAUUAUACAAUGGGCACAAUAAUGAAUACACUGAGAUGGUUAACAAUCUGCAGGAUGCUUUCGAGAAAGCCACCAAAAAAUACUUUGAUAAUCUCUCCGACGACGAGGACGAUGAUCCCAAUCUAAGCUAUCCCGCCGCCGACUCCAAAAUGAACGUGUUUCGGGAGAAGUACUUCAGCAAGAAGGCCAAGGAGGAGACGGAGAAGGAUGCGCCGGGUCGUGUGGAAAGCAGCGCCGACGAGGAUCUCACCGAGAUCGAAGCGGAGGCCCCUCAAAAAGCACUAAAACGCAAGCGUAAGGAAAAAGACAAAAGGCGCAAAAAGAAGACCAAGAGUAAGGCGGAUCUGGAAACGGAUGAUGAGGACUUGGAGAUCGAGCGGGAACCAACGCCUCCACCUCCACCCCCUCCUCCGCCAGCAAGCAAGAAAAGCAAAUCGGGCAAGGUGGCUAAGGAAAAGGAAAAAGAUAAGGAACGAGAGAAAGAUAAGGAGAAGGACAAGGACAAGGAGACCACAUCAUCUAAGCGGGGACGUAAGACCAAGGGCGAAAAGUCCUCUUCAAAACCCAGCAAACAGCAGCAAAAGACCAAAAAGGGCGCCAAAAAGUCGGCGCCCGAAUCGGACCUGGAAUCGGAUCCAAGCGACAGUCGCGAGAGCGAGGACUACAGCGAUGACGACCACAUAUCGUUGGCCAAAACCAAAUCGCUGAUUAAACCCACAGCCCGAACGAUAGCGGCACAGAAGAAAAAAUCUGUGCCCGCUGAGUCCAAAGUAAAGAUGCCCACGCCAGUCAAACGCCAAGUGAAAGGCAAGGGCAAGGGUGGACGCAAGGUAAAGGACGACUCACUGGACAGCGAGCAGUCCGAUGUGGAUGUCAAGAAACAACUGCCACCAACGGCAGCUGCUGCCCUUGCUGAAUCCGCCGCCGACCUGGAAGAAGAUGCCGAUGAUCAGCCUGCGCGGGAAGACGAUGAUGAGGAUAGCUCGCGGUCUCGCAGCAUGUCCCCUUUCAAGGUUGAUCUCCACAAGAAAUACUCAAAAAGUGCCCUUAACGAUGAUCUCUCCGAGCUGCUGACCACCGUAAAAAAGGUUCCCACAGCGGAAACCACUAAGCUAAGUGCCCGGCAUCAGGAUGAAGCGAAUGCGGAUAAGGAGAGAUCUUCCCGACAGUCUGACGGGGACUUUAAAUCCCUGAGCAGCAGUCGGGCCAGCUCCGAGGAACGACCGCCGGUGGCAAAAAAAGGAAAAAAGGUGGAGAACUCGAAAAAGGAGAAAGAAAAGAAGAGCAGGGAUAAGGACAAGGAUAAGGAUAAGGAUAAGGAUAAAGAUAAGGAUAAGGACAAAGAUAAGGACAAAGAUAAGGACAAGGACAAGGAGAAAUCCCGCAGCGCCAAGCACAAGAAGGGCAAGGAGGAUUCCCCAGUCUCGGCAGCCGCCGCUGCAGCCGCAGCCGAGCAGGCUGAACUGGAGAUGCUGCUGCCUUUCAUGGACAAGUACGAUGUGAUCAAGUUUCGACGUAGUCGUGCCGCCCUUAGUGGCUCCAGUGCCUCCAACUCGAUAGCUCCCUCCGAGGACUCCAAGCCAGCAAGCACCAAAAGCAGUAGGGAGAGCAAAAAACCCGCUGCGAAGCGGGAAAAGUCGCCUGAACCUGUGGAACACAAACGCGGGCGGAAGAGCAAAGACCAAAAGCGAUCCAAGGAGUCGGAUAAGCCUGAAAAACCUGAAAAAGCCUCGAAAGUCGACUCCGAGAAACAGGCCGAAAAGACAAAGAAAAAGGAGGAGCAACCCAAAGCGGCGGAAAAACCUCCAAGAGAAAAAUCGCCUGCACCGGUAGCCCCUUUAGAAACCAUAAAAGAACCUCCAGCCCCAACUCCCGCACCACCCACACCAGCGCCCAGUAAGACAAAGGAAGCCACAAGUAAAACGGCAGCUAAGAAAAGAGCCGACAAACAAAUGCCGCCGCCUCCGAAGCCUGCCGAUAAACCAAGUGAAAAAGGGUCUGGCAAGAAAGCUUCCAGCAAAAAGGCAGCCCAAAAGGCAGCGGGCCAACCGCAAACAAACAAUAACACAAAUCUCGAAGCGUUGGACGUGGAAACAGAGCAGACACUCAAAGACAUAAAUCGCUGGCUGGAACACACGCCUCGGUUUACAGAGUUCAGUUCGGCUAGCAAUUCACCAUCCCGAUAUAAUCUAUUGGAUGAUUUCGACUCCGGAAUCGGUAGUAAACUGGAUGCGGCCGAUUUUCGACGACCAGUGGCAUUGGCUGCUCCAAAAGCGGAGCUGGUGCCAACCAAAUUGGCAGAGGCUCUCAAUGAACUGGUGAGCGAACCAAAGGAGGCAGCUAGCAAAUCGGAAUCGGAAUCUGUGGCCCCCACGCCGAGCAGUGUAAGCAGCAGCUGUGGAACUCCACCGCAUUCAAUGCACUCUGGGAACUCCAUUGGAAGCACCUCGGCCACUGCGGCCUCCAGUUCGAAUUGCUCUAAUAAUUCAAUGCCCACUCCCUUACCUGUGGCAGCUCCUCCGACGCCAACGCCUGCACCUCCACCGCUGCUCCCGAUUCCCAAACCAAAGGAGCCGAGUACCACUCAACUCAUCCUCAAUCCACCACCGCCGCCUCACAUCAAACAGCAGCUGGCCAAGGAGGCCAAGCGCAAGUCCCUGAAAGAAAAGCAGGCGGCUCAAGCGGCCCAAGCUCAGCAAGUGAAAGCCAAGACGAAUGUGAUGAGGACAAUCGAACGGCUCCAACCAGGCAAAGCAAAAGGAAAUCUCUUGCAGAAUGUAGCUGGCAAGUCAACGGAGGAGAGUGGAGACUCUCACUCUGGAGCAAAUCCAGUUGCCACCAAGGUCAAGGAGCUGAAGAAUGCUCUUAUCACAGAAACAUGCGAGGGAGCACCCAAACUAAGUUUGGGUACGGUUCUUAAAACACAGGACUUUACAUUGGGCAAAAGCCUUGAGGAAAUGUCCGGAAAGAAAGCCACGGAUGAAGAUGAUAGUCCAAAUGAGGAAACCAAAUCGGAGAGUCCUUCGACACCCACAACACCAAACAAAGAGCCACCAAAACCAUUUGAAGCUCUUCUUGAACUCAGCAAAAUUGGCAAAUCAUCAGAGUCGUCGAAAACCGAAGCAAGUCAAAAGGAAAAGCCCAAUCUCAGCGCCUGGCUAAAAGCUUUCGGCGGUCCAAAGGUAAGCAAAAAGUCCGAGGAGGAGGACAAGCAACAGACGACUUCCCAGGAUCUUCAAGCUGAUGCCAAGGUGGCCCCGCCAGCUCAUUCGCCUGCUGGGGAUAACUUCUCCCUGCCAACGGUAAUGCGCCAAAGGAAGCCGAGUACCGGCAGCACGAAUUCCGAGAGAAGUUCCUUUAGCCAGGAUCCUGAUUCCCCAAGAAUAGCCAUCGAUGAACGCUAUGGAUCCUAUGCAGCUGGCUCUUAUACUUCUCCAAUUGGUGCCUCGCCCAUUGGAGCAUCUCCCAUAAUGGUUUCUCCCAAGCCCAAUGAUGAUAUGGGAAAGCCAGCCUCUCCUUAUCCCCUCAAUGGCGCCAUCAAAGUGGGUUUUUACCAGGACACCACGACCAAGAGCAGUCCGGACAAGAGCUGCAGUCCCAGGGAGAUGAAUUCUCCUUAUCCCCAGUACUCCCAGCAUAUCUACUCUUCCGCCUCAUCGCCUAAUGUGUCCACCCCGGAUAUGAGUGGAACAUCACCUUAUGGAGGUGGAAACAGCUACAAUCCCUCCGGCUCUGAGGCGUCCAAGACCCCGGCGUACUCUUCCACAUCCCCGCUUCCAAUUUACGACCAAUACAAGCAGCCACGCUCCCAGGAAUCAGAUUACAACUCCUCGAUGAGUCCGAGCACCCCGAACCCACAUUCUCCCUACCAACAGCCCCAGAGUUCUCCGUACACCACCCCGCAGCAAUCGCAAUCGACGCACCCGUCGCCAUAUCAUGGCCAGUCGCCGUACCACCAGCAGCAGCACUCACCAUAUCAUCCACCCGCCGCUCAGCAGCAACAGCAGCAGCAAUCCUCGCAGCCUUCACACAGUCCGGCGUCCCAUCAGCAGGCUCUCAGUCCUAUGCACAGUGUGGAAUCGCCUGCCUCCUCUGCAGCUACGCAACCACCCACACCGCUGGCUCAGUCACCGGCGGAGCAGCAGCACUCGCCGUAUCAGCAGCCCGUGCUGUCACCUUACCAGCAACCGCAGCAACAGGUGCAGCCGCCCGUUGUUCCGCCAGUACAACCUGCAACAAGUGCCGUGGCUUCAACGCCUCUGAGCAACAAUGGUUAUGGGUCCACUCAUGAUAGCUACCAGCAACUUCAGCAGCAACAGCGAUCCUUGUAUAAUCCAGCCACUUUGAUUAAUCCUCUGCCGACUGCUGCUUCUUCAACCGCAUCAAUAACAAAGCCUAAUAAUGACUGGAGUCUGAAUCGCAGCCUUUUGCCGCCGAGUAUAACCAAUACUGUAAACCAGGCCACACAGCAGCAGCAGCAGCAAGCUGGCCAAUUACAGCAGCAGCCACAAAUGCAACAGGCGACGCAGCAACAGUUGCAAGCAACAAGCCAACAGCAGCAGCAAUUGCAAUCAACACCGCCUCAACAGCAACAACAAUUGCAAACACCACAGCAACAGCAACAAUUGCAAGCACCUCAGCAACAACAGCAGCAAUUACAGGCACCACAACAACAGCAGCAACAGUUGCAGACACCUCAGCAACAGCAGACACAGCAGCAACAACAACAACAGGUGCUGGGCCAUCAGCAGCAGCAUAAACCGAAAUAUCCAACCUAUGCGCAAUACCAGUCGACUAAUGCCGCAGCUAAUGCAGCAGCCGCGGCAGAUGCAGUGGAUACUUUGCAACAACAACAACAGCAACAGCAGCAGCAGCAAAAGAUUGUGCCGCCCACGUACGGCAGUGAUAUGGCCACAUUUAUGCAGCAAAUGCAACAGCCUCCCAAAACAGAUACUCUGAUAAAUCCCCUAAAACGACCUGGAGAGGAAAUUGGUAUGGAUUACAGUGGAAAUGCGGCGAACAAAAUGCCGAAAAUAGACGAGACUCCUGCUCAGCAACCGCAAUUGCAGCAACAACAACAACAGCAGCAACAAACCCAGAACCAAACGCAUUCCCUGCUUAACAAACAACAGCAAAUGUUUAAUAGUUUCCUGGGUUCCAUGGCUUUUGGAAAACCAAUAGGAAACAUUGCCCCGGAUAAGGCAUUUGAAAUGUACAACCGAGCGGCGGCCAUGGGUUUCCCCAAGGACUUUGCCAAGGACAACAGUUGUCAGCUGCAGCAGCAACAGCAACAGCAGCAGUCGCCACAAGUUGCCACAAACAAGCAGCAGACAAAUCAGCAGACACAGCCACAGCCUCAACAGCAAUCCCAGCAGACGCAGCCACAUCUAACACAGCUUCAGGCGGCUCUUAGUCAAAGCUACCAACAACCACAGCAGCAGCAGCAGCAAACGCAGGCUCAAAAGUUACCGCAGCAGCAGCAGCAGCAACAACAGCAACAGUCGCAACAACAUAACUACCAGCAACAGCAAGCACAGCUUAACCACAACUAUACCGCACAGCAACAGCAAGCAGCUGUGCCGGACAAGCCUCCCGCAACACAGUCCAGUGUUGCUGCUGCUGUGAGCGGCGACAUGAGCAGCAAUAUGAUUAACCUGCCCUCGACCGCCCAUCAGCAUCAUCUCAGUCAGACGCAUCACCUAGCCGCCUACAACAAACCCACACCGCCUCCUCCCCAAACCUACAGCAAUCCGUUGAUGCAAUCUAUGCUGGGCUAUGCGGGAAACUAUUUCGACAAGACCAUGCCGCCAGCAGCUCAUAUGUACAGUGCCUCAAGUUCCGCGGCCACGGCUUACGGAAAUCCGGCACAGCAGCUGCCAGGUAACUAUGUUCCCGGCAACAACAAUCCUGCUCACCAGCAGCAUCAGCAGCAGCCGCCACAACAGCAGCAAGCUCCUACAGUUGCCCCAGCUGAAGUCAAAGCUCCAGCGAAAAGGGGAAGGAAGAAGAAGGCAGCCACAAUUGCAGCAGAGGCAGCGGCUGCGGCAGCCAAGCAGCAGCAACAACAGCAGCAACAGGCCCAACAGCAGCAACAGGUGGCCGCCCAGCAGCAGCAUCAGCAGCAGCAACAAGUGGCAGCCCAGCAGCAGCAGCAGCAACAACAAGUGGCCGCACAACAGCAGCAGCAGCACCAAGCAAUGCCGCAAUACAAUAUGCCGCAGUCGGUGGCCUCCGUUUCUGCCGCUGUUGCCACCAAUAAUCAGCUGCAGGCGCAUGCGCAGGCGCUGCACCAAGGCUUCCAAUUGUAUGCGGGUCUUAAGUCCGGAGGAGUAUCUUCGCCAGUGGGCAGCUCAGCAGCCACGCCGGCAACUAGUGGGGCCACCAGCAAUCAGACGGCGGCCGAUGCGGCAGCCAUUUCGUUGAAAACAUCAACAGGUGGAAUGGUUCCAGGGAGUGCCUUCAACUUUGCGCCUACACCAGGAGCUCUGGGCUUGUACGGAGACCAAGCAGCGGCAGCUAGCAGUUAUCUGGAUCAAUUCAGAGACGCCCCAAAUCCAUACUACAUGCCACCAGCGCCGGCACACAGUGGAGCGUCUUCAAAUCCAAGUGGGAAUGCAGCGGACAAGAGUCAAAACCCACUGAACUCGGCAGCCGGAUCGUAUCCCUUCUUGGCGGCGGCACAUCCUUCCUCGCGGGCAGCAGCGGCCGCGGCUGCUUAUCCGUUUGCGGAUGCCAACUCGCAGCUAUAUCAGCAGUACCUGCGUCGUGAUGACUUCCACACGCGAAUGAUCUUCAACCAAAGUCUGCUGGGUGGGCCAGCAGCGGCGGCGGCGGCAGCCGGAUAUGGACAGCCACCACCGCCGCCAUCCGCCUAUCAACGCGCCGCACUGGGCAUGCCCAAGCCGUAUGAUAUAAACCGGCAGUCAUGGUUUUAGCAGUACGCCAGUGCCGCCAACGUGGACCUCCAAGGAGACGACCUGACGGGGGCGGCAACUGGAACAGCAUCGGGAUCAGCGGCAGCUUCAGCUUCGACAGCGGCCACACAGCGAUGAGAUCAAAGGAGCUCACAGGCUUAGAAAGGUUUCAAGUACACACACAAAUUGGUUCCAAAGAGGUUAACAAACACAAGAGUUUUUUCGGCGGAUUUUUAGAAGAUAUAUUCUAUUUUUUAUUCAUGCUCAAAAGUUUAACUAGUUUUCGCGCUUGAAGAAAUUAGUGUUUUGGCAAUAGUCUUCAGUUCUAAAACCUUUUUAGCUUAGAGAAACCAAAAAGUGGUGACGUUUUCUUAAAAAACCAAUCUGUUUCCAGCAAGAAGCUGAAUUUGCAUUGUAUGCACAAGUCAAGUAAUCUUCUGGAGGCGUGAUUGUUUUGUACUGAUAUUUGAUAUUCAUUUGCGAGACUCGAAUUCCACUGCCCGCACCUUCUGGCUUUCCCGCGAUUUUCAUUAUUUCGUGUUCUAUAAACAUUUUUUUUGUGCAAUGUUUCCUUUUGACUGCAGUUGCGCCCUGGACUUUGGCCACGCCUAAUUAGCAAGUUUGUUGGUCUUUAGUUGAUAACUCUUGGUAGUUUUUAGGUUUUAAGUCUUUUGUUAAUGGCAAUUAAUUUUAAUCGGUGUAGCUAAUUAGGCCUCUAAUCUAUUUUAAUUGAACUUAAUUUGUUUUAAAUGCUUAACAAAAGAAACUAAGCAGAAAAGCAAAAGAGAAGUAAUGCAAAAAUUCAAAGAAUUACUCUAAAGCCCCCCCUGACUAUAAUUAGAUUUUAGUUUUUUCCAGAAUUUAACUCGUAACUAUAGAACUCGUGUAAAUUAACUACGAUUAUUAAUUUUAUUACUAUGACUAUUAUAACUAUUAUCGAUUCGUGAUGCGGGCGAUUUGUUGAAAUAUUUAUUAAUCCAACUAAACAAAGAGAUUCGCAACACAACUAAAGCUUAAAACAAAACACUUUUAGUUUGUAGAACGCCAAGCAAAUGUAUAAAUUUUUGUUAAAUAUGCUAAGGAAAGAGUACGGUUUAAUCAUUAAGCCCCCUCAUCAAGUAAAAUAAACCCAUGUCAACCCACAGAGCUCACAUAUGUGCAACAUUCCGCCUCAGUCCCUCAUCCUCACCCGUAUCCCAAAAACGAAAAAACAAAAAACAUUUGCUGUACAUACAAGAAGAACAAAAACAGACAUGUAAAAACUUUUCUCGUUUUUACACAUCUCAAAUUGUAGCUUUAAACGAUGUAAAAAUCGAUAUAGAUUUGACGAAAAGCAAAACAAUUGAAUAUGAAAUAUGAAUAAAAAAGUGUCUUAGUCGCUAUUAAAAGCGAACAGAGCAGAUGAAACGAGAAAGAAUCGCAUUAACCAAGCGCCCAUAAUAUUAUUAAUAAAUAAAUAUAUAUAUAUAUUAUAUAGUGAAAACAAUAAACAAGAGAACCCGUAUUCAGUUAAGUUGUUAAAGCUUUCGUUUUGCAAACGUAAAUUUUAAAUUUAAUUACGAUAACAUAGUUGAUAAACCACAAAUGGAAGAGCAGCGAUAAGAGAUUGCGAAGAGACGGUACCUAGAGCAUAAAAGAGCAGCAACAAACAUAUUUAAAGAACCACAAGCUAAAUAUUAUAUUAAUAAUGAAUAUAUAUACAUAAAUUAUAUAUAUAUAUAUACACAAACAUAUAUAUUAUAUGCAGUAAGUGCAGCGAGUGCACAUUAUACAUAAAUCUGUAUGUAUAGGCCACGGCAGCAACAACAACAAGAGUAAAUUACAAUAAAGAAUUCUAUUGCAUAUUGUACGAAAAAAAAA